UCUCUCUCCCUCUCUCUCUCUCUCUCUAAAAAUGGAGUUCCUAGACGAAGCAGAAACCAGACCCAGAUUCCUCUUCCAAUCUAGGUCCACCCCACCUUCCCCUCCCGAAACCCACCCCCCAUCCCUCCACAAAACCUCCCUCCUCAUCUCCCUCUCUCUCUCCACCCUUCUCUUCUCCCUCCCUCUCCUCUCCCCCCCACCCGAGCCCCCCCAAUCCCCCCUCCUCUGGCUCGCCCUCUCCCUCCUCCUCGGCCCCUUCGCCCCCUCCUCCCCCACCGCCGGCGACAUCCGCGUCGGCGCCGGAAAAAUCCUCGAACCCCCUCCUUCCCCCUCCCCCUCCCCGGAUCUCGACAAGAAAACCCCCAGCCGCCGGUCCAGACCCCGUAAACCGGACGAGCUAGGGCUCAAUCCGGUUCAGGAAACCGUUGAAGUUUCAAAAAAUGGAGAGGAUUUGCGAGGGUCGUGUCAAUUGGAGGGCAAUUUGGGGGAUAAGUCGAACGGAGGAGAGAGAGAGUGGGACGAGGGGGAUUAUGAGUUGUUGAAGAAGCUGUUGGUGAAGCAUCCGGUGGGGAAGCCGAGGCGGUGGGAGGCGGUGGCGGAGGGGUUCAAGGGGCGGCACGGGGUGGAUAGCGUGAUCAAGGCGGCGAAGUCGACGGGAGAGAGGAAAACUAAUGAUGCCGAUUCUUUUGCACGGUUUUUGAAGGACCGGAAGCUCGUCGAUAAGCGGAUCGAGGAGGAGGCGGAGAGUGGCGGAGAUGGUGGUGUGGUGGUGGAGAGUGGUGAAGUGGUGAGAGAGAGUGUGGGUUGGAGUGGCGGAGAUGAUAUAGCUCUGUUGAAUGCACUGAAGGCGUUUCCGAAGGAUGCGCCGAUGAGGUGGGAGAAGAUCGCGGCAGCUGUGCCGGGGAAGUCGAAGGCCGGGUGUGUGAAGAGGGUUGCUGAGUUGAAGAAGGGGUUUAGGAGCUCAAAGGCUUCUGCUGAGGCUUGACAAAGGAUUUCUUAAUACAACUGUUCUGAGUGGCAUUGGAGAGCAUGUAAGGAAGGUGGUAAUCCUAACGAGUGCAGAUUGCUAGUGCUGCCUAUAUAGACAUGAAGUCUGAUAAAGUGAGUUAAAGCUGUUCUCUUACCGAGGUGGAAAUCGCCUGUGAGACCUUCAGAGGAGUGUAAAGAAUUAGCUAGCUUUGUUGAGAUCCUUCUUGGGUUGUGUUUGGAUGAAGAAUCGUAGGAGAGUUAUUAAGGAAAGGAAAAUGAUAGGGCUUUGUGAAGUACGUUAUUUCGCAUGUAAGCUUCUUUUUUUCCCCACACUUUUAUUUCUCCUCAUAAAUCCCUGAUCCAAACACAGCUUAAAGUUUUUAACAUCAAAUGAUUUGCAAAUCCUCCACACUAGGGGAUGCCAUCCAUGCCCUGUAUCAUCCCUAAUGAGAGACUCAUUUGGAAAUUCUGAUUCUAUCAAAAUUGUAUGAUUGCCUGCUUGUUUGAUGAGGGCUUUGAGUCAAUCUA